GCUUCCUAAUGUGUUCAAAGGCGUUGCGAGUGAUGUGACAUAGCUGGCCAAAUAGAAACAUGUAAUUGGCCGCAUGCCCCCUGACAGGUAUGUACAGCGAGCUCCUUGCUGCAUUUGGGAUGCGAUUUGCUAUGUCCCGCAUGUUGCGCUCGUGCGACAGAUUGAUUAUUAUAACCUGUUCAUUUAUACUAGAGCAAAGCUCUGAGCGGUGUAAUAUAAAUAGUAGUUGGUUUAAGCGAACCGAACUACAUCAGGCCGCGGUGUAUUCCGAAUCUGCAGGAACGGAAUAGCCUCGUUGAAUUGCAGACAAGGCAACAGAAGAUGAUAGCACCAGGCGCCCCAGUACACGACACUCACGGUAUCCAACUACCACCGAGGUAUGAAAUUCGUCAAGUAACGCCCGAUCUCUCAAGGUGGAUCUCUGCCUUCUCAUACUUCUCUCACUUCUUCGGGUCGCCCAUAUGGAGCGCCAUAUACGAAGGGCGUCAAGCAAGCGAGGCGUUGAGGGCACAUCAUGUCUGUAAAGGAUUUUACGAGAUGCCUGAGAUGGUAGCUAAGAACGGACUCUCAUAUUGCAUUUGGGAUAAGGAAUUUGUCUUCAAGAGACCCGAGUCUGCUGCUAAGGGCGGCUCGUGUUACUGGGAUGACUUCGACCUCGAUGAUCCUGAGUUGAACAAUGAUGGGCGACAGAAACUACUCGACGCUUUGGAUUUUCCUCUUGUGGGCUUCGGCUUAUCGUAUGAUAAGUUUCUCCCAGGUGACAAGAAGGAAUGGGAUGCCGCUAAUGAUGCUCUCCCUUUAAAUGGGGCCAUGGGAAAGUACUUUGAAGAUCACGAUCCGCGUCCAAAAGGAUCGUGGGAGCCCACAGCAGCGGGUCAGGUUAUCGAGCGAGUUGGUACAGGCACGAGAGAAGGAUAUCAUGGCCAGGGACUCAUGAAAGCGCUGGCGAGGUUCAUUAUGCUCGAGAUGAAAUCCAAGGGAUAUCGAGGAAUCCAAAUCAACUGUGGGGCCCCACAACUUCAUCAUGUGUGGUCUAACCCUCCGAAACCCUUCAGAAGUUCUACUGUAGCGACCUUCCCUACGUGGCUAUAUGAGGCAGACGAAGAUGGAAAGAAGAUCCGGCCAUAUGAAAAGUCGAAAUUGGGGAACCUGUAUCUGGUAUGGACGGAAUUGCUGGAUUAGAGCCAUAUUUUCGGUGAUCCGUUGUUUAAUAUGAAGUUUGGUGGGUUGGCGCCAUGAGAGGUUAUGACCAUUAAUAGUAUUAAUCCAUCAGUGUCUAUAUCUUUGGCCGGAAGUCAUAAUACAUAGGUAGAUAAUCGUUUGAAGGAUAGGAUAUAAUUGUAUGUUGUCAUUUUGUAAGCGUCUUGCCUUAUUUCGGAGAUUCUCUGAAAUCGUUGACCACAAAAGACUAACGGUAAGAUCCGAGAAGCCGUUGUGUUAACCUAUUGAAUGGUUACGGUGAGACAAUAAACUUGUGGUUUUGUGACUAAUGUGAUUCGUUUCUAACAGAACGGAGACGGUGGAUUGUGAGGGUUUGCUGCCACAUCACGACCUAGUCACCUGUUGGUGGUGUCAUUUUGCACGAAUGAACAAACGCGCAAGGUGAGGCAAUUCAUAUGACCUUUGCCAAGUUUGUUUUGUCGUGAUUUGUUUCGCAUCGUAUCGUGUUAGAUCCAUAAGAAGUAGUCUUAGUCUAGUCUUGGACAAAACUGAGUCUGAAUUGAGUAUGAACUGAAAUGGAACUGGGUUCGAAGCGAGUUUGAAC